CGUAUUAUUGCUCCUAUUCUCCGGUCUCUGUGUUAUGGCAUCCGUGGUCUUAUUGGUGGGACUUUGUGUGGAUAACAGAAAAAUGUUGAUACCCUGGAUGGUGGUCGUAUCCAUAACGACAGGCCUGGAUGUCAUACUCUGUUGUUUCCUAAUUAACGAUAAGGAGACGGUCCUAGACUCAUUUAUUUGGAUACUAUUGGGAAGUGAUGUAUCGGUCUGCCUAUUGAAUAUAUAUUGCGUUUUGUGUGUA